CGAAGUUCAGAAAGAUACUAAUAUCUGAUUUUCAUUUUAAUAAAAUUAAACGUGCGUGCAGUUUAUUUGAAAUUUUUUUAAAUAAUUCUAACCAUUAACGCGUUUAGUUUUUUUAUACAAAUAUAAAAUUUUUCCAGUGUUGCAAACUUUAUUGCUGAAUUAAUUUUCAUUUUAAUUUAAGUGAAUUUGCAAAUUUUUGCUAAAUUAAAUUUUUUGAUUUUGGAUUCAAAAGUGAAUUUGGUGAAGUGAAAUUGGCUAAGUUCACAGGAGUAGAAAAGUCAUCCACGAAACUUAUAAUAACAAUUAGACAAUUUCCUGAACAAUAUCUGAUAAAAUGGCAUUCGUAGUAAAAUCAUCAAGCACUAUCUCAAAUAAUGUCAUGAGGAGCUUCAAGCAAGCAGUGAAGCAAAAUAAUCUGCUUCGCAUCAAUGAGAUAGCAUCGAGUGGAACGGUUCAGCAAGCUGAUAAAUAUGGUGAUUCAUUCCUACAUAUAAUCGCUAAGGAGGGAUCACCUGAAGCUGCGCUCAUAUUGUGUCAGCUUAGAGCAGAUAUUUACCUUUGGAACAAGCAGAAGCAAUCUCCAUUAUUCUACGCUCUCCAAAAUUCUGUGGACAUGGUGAAGGUACUGUUAAAUCAUAGUAGAAUUAAUGAUUGGAAUUUACUUCGACAAGCAUUAAUAUUCGGUUCUGAGGAAGUUGUUCGUCUCAUCGUAAACAGACUUCCUUUAAAUUUUAACAAUCUUUUUUCGACGGCUGCGAUUUUAAAUAAUAAUUUUAAGUAUGGCGAAGUUUGUGAAUUUAAAAAUACCGAGGAAGUUGUAAAAGCUCUUUUACAACUUCAAAAAUAUUCUAAACCCGAAUUUCUUGAUUAUCCAUUAUUAAUUUUGUUUGCAGCUAAAAUUUUAAAUAAAAAUAUUUUACAAAUAAUUUUAGAGGAUUGUGAAAAAUAUUUAGAAGAAAAUUCUUGUUAUGUUAGACCGUUAUUUAAUAGGCAAGGAAGUAAUGAGACAAUAGAGAGAUUUUUUCCGAUUGAAAUUAGUUAUCGAGGACGAUAUAGUGAAACUGCAUUGCAUUAUGCAGUAUGUUUACAAUAUGAGGAAGCGGCUAAAUUCCUCUUAAAUGAAGGAGCCGAUCCAAAUUGUAAAACACGCGACGAAUUGACACCACUUCAUUAUGCCUCAUAUUUUGGAAAUGAGGAAAUAUGUAGACUUUUAUUAGCUUUUGGAGCGGAAAGCAAUCCAAAUUCCUGCUAUUCAAAUGAUCCAAUGCAUUUUCUUUGUAGCCAACGUUGUAUAUUAAACUUUGAAUCCCAUUUUAUUACAAAUUCUCAUCGUCCAAGCAAUCCCUUACACUUAGUGUGUGGGGACAGCGAUGCUAGGCAUGUUUUAAACUCGUCCCUUAAAUAUUUCAUCAGCGAGAUGCAUGAGUUGUGUUACGUACCGGAUACAAUUUUUCAUACAAACAUUUUGUCUUUAUUACUCGAGAAUGGUGCAAAUCCAUUUAUUCAAGGAAAAUUUAAUUAUAAUCCAUUUUUCAGCGUCUGUGAAAAUGGACGUUUGAGGGAGAUGGCAAUUUUCCUUGAAUAUUUACCGAUUUGCGAAAUUCCGGAAUAUAGGGGUAACACUGCUCUGCAUAUUGCGGUCAUGAACAAUGACCUUGAUAUGAUUGACUUACUAGUUAAAAAGGGGCAUAGCAUGGAAACAAAAAAUUCCUUGGGACACACUCCCUUAAUGUCUGCUGUGUGGAUGGAAAAACAGCCAUCCUUACAAACAAUCGAAAAAUUGGUCUACCAUGGAGCCGACCUCCAUGCUAUUAGUUUUGAAGGCUGGACGGUUUUGCAAAUGUCGGCCUGUUUUAAUAAACCGGAGGUAGUUCUAAAAUUAUUAGAAUUAGGUUCCGAUGAUUUGUGGAAACUGCCUAAAUCUUCGGAAUUACAGCGAGUGUCCAAUACUUGGUCGACAGUUGGUCGGGGAUUGCAAGUUCUUAUAGCGAUUAUUGCUCUUAAAUAUAAUGAGUUAGGUGACUAUGUUAAUAAUUAUAUAAAACCUAGUGACCAUGACAAAGCAUUAAAUUUUUUUGCUGAAUCGAAAUUAGAAGUUGUAACUCUGAAAAAAACGAUGAUUUUUAAAGAUAGGCAUUUUUCGUAUUACGAUUUCUUGACAGGGAAUUUUUCAACUGUUAUACGGAUUAUUAGAAAUGUGAAAUCAACAAAUGAGUUAAUUUCCAUUUCAAAUAUGAGUGCAAAGUUUCCCUGCUAUGCCUAUUUAAUUAGAAGACGAUUUUUACAAAUUGAAAAUUUGGGAGAUUCUGUCGAUCAUAUCACUGAUUUUUUGACAAAUUUAAGUGAAACAAAACCUUUACCUGUUCUUGUUGUUAAUGAAAUUUUUGGUUAUCUUUCUUAUAGUAAUAUUCAGGUUUUUGGAGAUGCUUUGUCUAAAAUAUGAUAAUGAAAUGGUGUCUUUUCAAUUUAACAUUUUAACAUAUGUCUUUCAUUGUAUAUAUUUUGUAUUGUACUUACUUUUAAUGGUAUGUUUUUUAUUGUAUAUUUAUAAAAAUAUGAAUAGUGUAUUUAUAGGUAUAAAUAUGAUAUGUAAUUAGUUUGUGUGUAUAUAAAAAUUUGAUAUGUAUAUCUGUUUGAAUUCAAAAAUUAUUGUAACAAGGAACAUUAAAAAUUGAA